AUGGCGGGUCAGGUGGUGAAAGUGAAGAGGGAGACACUGGAGGCAUGCAUGACGUGCCCUCUUUGUAAUAAGCUAUUGAAGGAGGCUACAACCAUAUCACUCUGCCUUCAUACGUUUUGCAGGAAGUGCAUUUAUGAGAAGCUUUCAGACGAGGAGGUGGACUGCUGUCCUGUAUGCAAUAUUGAUCUGGGCUGUCUACCAGUGGAAAAACUCAGGCCAGACCAUAAUUUGCAAGAUAUUAGAGCCAAGAUAUUUCCCCUUAAACGAAGGAAAAUUGAUGCACCUGAAAUUACUCCCGAAGUAACUCCAGAAGUUACUCAUGAAGUUACACCUUCAAUUUCAUUGCCAGUGAAAAGGAAGGAGAGAUCAUUAUCUUCAUUAGUAGUUAGUACCCCAAAAGUUCCAAUGCAGACUGGUUUGACUGGAAGGAGAUCAAGAGCUUUGACCAGAAAGGCUGCUGCUUUACGAGGAUGCAGUUUUUCUGCUGAAGAACCUAUGAAGAGAGAUGAUUCUACAGAAGAUCAUCCAAUGAGUUCUAGUUCAACUGAAUCUCUUGAUAGAGGUGCACGAAAUAAGAUGCAGGACUCGCCUGAGCCUUCACAUCAGCAAAACCCUAAUAGAGAUAUGAAUAAUGACGUUGAAAUAAUAGAAGGCAAAGCUGAUCUGUGGACACCCUUAAACUGUCUUGUAGAGGCUGCUAACCGAACCAAGUCUUCUAAGUCAAAUUCACAAGGGCUGUUCCAUGCCAAAUCAGAGCCACUCAAUGCCCUUGAUGGUGAACUUUAUAUGUCUGAAAAUAAGGCAGCAGAAGAAAAAUCACCAAAUGCUCUGGAUAGUGAUGCUUAUAUGCCUAAAACAAAAAUAAAGGAACCCGGACAAAGUGCAAGAGGAAAAAAUAACAGUAAUGGGACAGGGGUUGCAGGACCGGUGAAAAAUAGAAGGUUGCGAGGAGGUAAUCGUAACAGGGUAGCUCCAUCUGGGGAGUCAAGUGCUUCGGCUCAAGCUAUGUUAGAUGCAUGUGGAGAUAAACAUAGCAGAAGAAAUAGUACUAUUUGGUUCUCCUUGGUUGCAACUGAAAAUUGGAAAGGAGAUGGUUCCUUGCCACAGAUACCAUCAUCUUACUUGAGAAUAAAGGAUGGUAAAAUACCUGUAUCAUUCAUCCAGAAGUACCUUGCGAAGAAACUUGAACUUAACAGCGAAGAUGAGGUGGAGAUAAUGUGCCGGGGUCAGUCAGUACUUCCGACAUUGCAACUAGAAAACCUAGUAGAUCUCUGGUUUCGAACAGCAACAACACCAAAAAAGGUACCGGCAGUAGUUGGCUCCUCAGCCAAAGAUUUUGUGAUGACCCUCUCAUAUUGUCGAAGGGUCCAAAAUCCCUGA